ACCACAUCGAGCAAAUUGAAACCCGCUUCCUCCACCCCCCAGCCAAACCCGCGCCCCGCUGCUUGUUUCCUGGCUAAAGAAAUUCCUCCAGUAGAGGUAUUUGUAGUACUUCCACUUGAAUUCAGCGUCGAAUUCUCUUCGACGCGCAACAAGCUAACGCGAUAUCCGCGUUGGACGGGCAUCAUGGCGAAACCACGGAUCACAGCGGCCCCACUCAUGAUUAUCGUUCUGCUGAUCGGCGCGUCCUUGGCCCACCUCGCAACAGCAACCGUCACGAGUGGUAAUAAUGUUUCCAAGGCCUCUCAGGACGUGCCAAACGCCCCUAGUAGUAAGGACAAAGGCUCCUUCUCGCCCCAUGCUUCCAAGCAUACUCAGUCUCAACUGCAUGAAGACGGCGCCGACGCCGACGUUGAAAAUGAUCAUGUUCCUCCGACGCAUCGUCCGAUAAUGAACCAUCAUGCCGAUCAUGCCGAUCAUGCCGAUCAUGCCGGUCAUGCCGAUCAUGCCGAUCAUGCCGAUCAUGCCGACAGUGUCAUCCCCACUCCCAAGGCUCUUCAGCAAAUCGACGCUGCUCACGCGCCUACGCCACCGCAUCCCGCUGGUCCGCCCCAUACCGCUGAUCCGGCCAUGCCGCCCGCUGGUGCGCCCCAUCCCGCUGGUGCGCCCCAUCCCCGCGCUGGUUCUGGCGGCAAGGCAUCUGGGAAGAGCGCAGCUCGUGGCGAAGGCGCACAUCCCAAGUUCGCAGCUAAUAACGGCGCAGGCGCUCCAGGCAAGGGCGCAGCACGUAAGGGCGCCGCAGGCAAGGGCGCGGGCGCAUCAAGCAACGGCUCAGCUGGAAAGGGCGCACGCGGCGUCAAGCAGGGCGGCGGCCGAAACGGGAAUGGCGCUUCGAGAGGGUUCCACAACGCAGCAUCAGCCGGGAAUGUGGCGAUUCACAACACGAGCACAAACGGCACAGCUGCUAUGGCGGCUAACGGCACGAACAGCACGAGCGGCACGCUGACUACAACGGCGGGAAACAGCACGAACGGCACCGUGCCGCUCACAAUGGCGCCAAACGGCGCGAAUUGCACAAACGGCACGUCUACGAUGGCUCCGAACAGCACGAACGCGGACGGCACGAAGGAAACGAACAGCACUGUGCCAUUUAUAAUGGCGCCAAACGGCGCGAACUGCACAAACGGCACGUCUACGAUGGCUCCGAAUAGCACGAACGCGGACGGCACGUUUGCCAUGGCAGCAAAUGACACGAACACAAACGGCACCGUGCCAAACAGCAAUCCCAAGACGAGCCAGCACCACACAGGGAUUCACAGGGCAUCGGCCAAGGACGUGGCGAUUCUGCACAGGAAUCAGAACCAUGGCGCUGCCGCAGUGGCGCCAUCUGCCAAUCCCAAGACGAGCCGCUGGCAGCACCGAGCGGGAAUUCACAAGUCAUCGGCCAAGGAUGUGGUGAUGACUCGGCACAGAAAUCAGAAUCAUGGCGCCGCACACGCCACAGCGUCAUCCACCGGCGGCAAUCCCAAGCCGAGCCAGCACCGCGCGGGAAUUCACAAGUCAUCAUCGGCCGUGGAUGUGGCGAUUCAGCACAGGAAUCAGAAUCGUGCCGAAAUGGCGUCAUCCGACAACCCCAAGGCGAGCCAGCACCGCGCGGGAAUUCACAAGUCAUUAUCGGCCAAGGAUGUGGCGAUGACUCGUCAAAGAAACUCGGCGAAUCGCGGUGCCGCAGCCAAGGCGUCAUCCCAUCCCGACAACUCCAAGUCAAACGAACGCGGCAUGGGAAUCCACAAGGCAUCAGCUGUCGAUGUGGCGAUUCGGCACAGAAAUCAGGCGAGUCGUGGCGCCGCAGCCAUGGCGUCAUCCCAUCCCGGCAACUCCAAGGCAAACGGACGCGGCGUGGGCUUCCGCAAGGCAUCAGCCGAGGAUGCGCCAGUUACUCACAGGUCCACGCCACUGCUGAAAGAAGGCCAGGACGGCAGGAAGCAGAACGGCGUUGAAAACGGCAGGAAGGGCGCCAUGAGGGUGUCAACGCGCGGCGAGACUAGCUUCAACGACCGGUUUGAGCUUGAGGGGGUGGAGUUUCACAAGGCGACGAGCAAAGAUGUGGCUCUUCACAGGAGGAACCGUGGUGCUGAAAGGAGCAGCAGCAGGCACGGAGUGAAUCGCGGGGCUGAGCGGCUUGGCUCCCUUUCAUCUGCACAGGGCAAGACCGCUGAUUACGGUGGUGACUACAAUGAUGAUUAUGGCGGUGGUCACUACAAUGGUGAUUAUGCCGGUGGUCACUACAAUGGUGAUAAUGGUGGUGACUACAAUGGUGAUAAUGGCAGUGGUGGUGACUAUAGCGACGGUGGCAGCGGUGGUGGUGACAGCGGCAGCGGCGGCAGCAGCGGCAGCAUUGACAUUGCUGCGAUUCUCGACAUGCACAACGCCGCCCGGCGGGAGGUAUGCAUCCUGGACCUGGCAUGGGACGACGGUGUGGCAGCAGCGGCGCAAGACUGGGCCAACAACCUCGCCUCCAGGGGGUGCCCCUUGGAGCACGGCGGAGCAGAUGGGCUCGGGCAGAACUUGUACUGGCGCGCGCCGGCGGGGUUGACCCCUGAGGAAGAUCGCAUGGCUGUGCAGUCAUGGGUGGAUGAGAAGGCGGACUGGACGUAUAGCCCCGUACCCGAGGGGUGUGCGGAGGGGAGGAUGUGUGGGCACUACACGCAGGUGGUGUGGGGGGAGACGACGCAUGUGGGGUGCGCGUCGGCACAGUGCCCGGAUGGUGGCGGCAUAUGGGUGUGCGAUUACUCGCCCCAAGGGAACAUCAUCGGUUCCACUCCUUUCUAGGUUUCUUGAAAGGAAAAGAGAGGAUCGUUCGCCCACAGGCGACAUCAUUGAGUCUAUUCCUUACUUGAGUGGCAGUCUGGCAUAUGUGUUUUGGGGUAAUACGGUAGGAGCCUAUUAUGAGCUGGUGCAGUGAGCCUUCUUGUGAAUGCAGUUCAGAAGGGAAGGGAUGUUGCAUUUUUGGCUUUUGUGUACAUGGAAUUGUUUUUAGUGGCUCGU